UAAAACGGUUGAUGUAAAGUGUGAAUAGAAAACAGGAAUUAUAGGAACAAAUAAUAAAAGGAAAGAAUAUGCAGAGCGCGUACGCAUCCGGUUCCUGGAUAUCAGCUCAAGCUUGUGUAAAACUCCGAAACUCGAAGGCAAAGCUAACAACUGAAACCUAUUAUUAUAAUUGCUUUGACAAUGCAGGAGGAGGAGGCGGCGGCGGCGGCGGCGAUAAUUCAAGAUUUGCAUUACCAAUACCAAGAAUAAUAAUAAAGACAGCAGCAGCAGGAGGUCAUGUAAAAUCAAUAACAAGCACUUCAAACCCUUUUGUGAAGCACUGUCUCAAGCUCCAACAAAACUCCUCUUAUCGCCACUCUCAUGCUUCAGCUCUUGUUGUGGGUUCUACCCCUAUCAGGGAGAUACACAGAUCUCAAGAGUCCUUGAAAGAAAGGACCGUUGAAUUGGAAUAUUUACUUCUUCUUGAUGAAGCAGAGGUCUCCCAAGUCCUCGACGACAAGUCCUCUGCUCGUGUUGUGCGUGUGAGCUCUGUCGUGAUGAAAAAGCUUUCACAGUUGCAAUCUACUGAAUCUGUUGAUGCUAUUGCUCUCAUGAAAUUUCCUACCACCUAUUUUGUUGUAGACAAUCAUCAAGAUUGUAGCCGGAAAUGGUUCCCAUCUCCGCACCGAAUUUUAGUCCUCGAGGGAAUCCAGGAUCCAGGUAACCUUGGUACAUUACUCAGAUCAGCUUUGGCAUUGGGAUGGGCGCAUUUUAUCCUGAACACCCAGUAUACAUUAUUAGCAAACCUCCAUUCUGUGCUUUUCAAGGUUGUUGUGAAGUCAUUUCAUUCACACAAUGACAUCAGUUACAUUGAACUCAAAUGUUUCCCUCCAAUGUUAUCAUCAUGGUGGACCAUUAUUUGAAACUUUUGAGUAUAUUUUUCUCUCAAUUCACCUAUUAGUUGCAAUAAAAUGGAUGCAGUCAUUGCAUUUUACCUAUUCGUUGUCUGAACUGGAGGUAAUAUCAUGCCUUCAUGAAACGAAGCCUUUGGACAAAUUAUUACAUCCUAUGCAUUCCUUAGAAUUGAUUUUUCUUGUCCACUGCUUUCUCAAUUCAUAAUUGAAAAACUGAAGGGCUAAUAUCGAUGGUGAUAGACAACAGGGUGGUGUGUUCUUACUUCCCGGUUGUUGUGAUCCAUUCAAUAGUAAAGUCCUCCGAGCUAGCCGAGGAGCGUCCUUUCAGAUCCCCAUAGUUUCCGGCAGUUGGUAUCAUCUUGAAGCUCUCAAAGAUGAAUACCAGAUGAAG